GUCUGUUUACUUACGAGGGAAAACCUUUCUGCAAAGGUGUUUUCCUAACCGGACAAAAUUGGAUUUAACUGAUUAAAGUGGGCGAGUUAUUCAGGAUUUUUAAUGUAUUAAUUUUGUGUUUUGAAAUUAAAAUGUUAUAAAAAUUCUUAAAGAAAGCAUUUAAUGAAUAAAAUCAGUGUUAUUGGAUAUCGAAUAUCUUAAAAAUACCUGAUAACUUUUAUGAUACUUUGAUUUAAAUUUCAAUAUGUGUUCUUUAACUUGAAGAGUUUGUAGAAUGGAUGAAAGUUUGAUUGAUCUGAAGUACAUACAUUGGGGUUAUAUGCAUUGUUGCCAAACAGUUUCGAAUAAAAGAAAUGCUAAGAAGCAUUACUGGAAUACAUUUUGGGUUGAGUUGUCAGGCACAGUUUUGCGUCUUUAUAAGGAUUGCACUUUACUAUCUGAUUGUGCUUUUUACAAUGUACCAAGAAUUGAUUUUACACCAUUAAAAGAGAAUUUAAUUACAGUGGCGUUUCUUGAUCUUCGAUGCAGCUCAGUCAAAACUUUGUUAAAUAAAAAGAAAUCUGCUUAUUCAGACACUUAUCGAAGACAUCUUUUCUUGCUCAGAUUAUUAGAAACAAAUAAUCAAUAUGUUUUUCAGGCUCAUUCUCUCUCAUCCAUGCUGGUUUGGGUUGCAAAAAUUCAAGAAAGUAUUGAUGCCUGCAAGGAGAAUAUCUCAUUUUUGGCAGAUGAAAAGAUGAAGUUUGUCAAAUAUUUAAUGGACAAAAGAAGAGCACAAAUUAACUUUCCUGUUAAAGAAACAACAACAUGUCCAGCUGAUUUUAUUAAGGAAGAAAUGCCUCCUCUGCCAAAACAAAAAAAUCAAAAGUUAGCUGCACUAAAGAAAUCGUUGUUGGAAAUGAAGGAAUUAGCAAUACAGUUCGAUCAACAAAUGAUCGAUUUUUUUGGAAACAAAGGUGUUUUUAAAAGAGACGAAUUUGUUUGUCAGAUAAAGAAAGAUUAUUACCUUAUUUCUGGACGGAGAGAUACUUUGAUACCUGCAAAUACAAAUGUUACAGUUUUUGGACAGUUGCGAAAUCGCAGAUGGAGAUGUUUUGUUGAACGAAACGACAUUUUAAAUUCGCUUAAAAACCUUUUAAGAGACUUGAAAAAUAAAGAGGAAAACGAAGUUGACGAUAUCAUGAAAAAGAUUAACAACAUUCCUGAUUACCCUUUGAUAGGGUCACUUCCAAACAGUGUACUGAAUUUUGUUAAAUCCUCUGCUGAAAAAUCUAUACCAAGCGCAAUCUUUUUUGACAAUAAUAAUAAUUGUGGGGAGUUAUCUGCUUGCUUUGAUAGCGAUUGUCGUGAAUUUAGUUCAGCUGGUUUAUUUAACAAAUGUGACGGUUCUAAUAGUUUUCUCGAAAAUAGCAACUUAGGAAUUGUACACUCGAUUUCUACGUUUUCCCAUGAUGCAUCAGUAGAUAGUGCAAUAAGUGAUUGUGGGAGUAUUAACGAAGUUGUUUUUUCAGAUAAAAGUAACGAUUGGGAACGACUAGCGACUAACGAUAUGAAACGAUUAACGAUUUACGAUCCCGAAAGAUUAUGUAAUGAAGAUUCAGAAACUUCAAGUUUAAUUGAUCAAGCUUUAACAGACAGUGAAACAAGUGAUUACGAAAGUAAUACUGAAAAUAGUUCGUCUGCUUUUUUAGAUGUGUCGGACACUCAUUUACGUACAGGUUUGUCUACUGGAGAAUUCUCUUCCAAAAGCAAAGAUAUUAUUAUAACAAAGAAAUUAAAAAGAAGAGGUAUUCGAAUUUCCGUUGGCUCAUCGAGCUCUGAUGAGGAAGAUAAUCAAAUCAAAGAAUCGUCGCAGCGAACAUAUAUUACAAACGCCGUUUUCAAAGACAUGUUUUCAGAAAAACAAACCAGUUGCAACGAAGAUACUGAAUGGAAUCAAAGCGAUAAAAACUAUAUUAGAGUAAGGCCAAGAAAAGAGCUUAAGCAUUCUUAUAGCUAUGAUCAAAUAAAUGGCACUAGAGAUGUCAGCAUAAAGUUGGAUAUUUUAAGAAGAUUUUCAAAAAAGUCUAUAGUUUUUAAACAAGAAAACAGUAGAAUGAAGCAAAUUUUGGAUGAUGUAGGAACAGGAGCUGACGUUAAACCACCACGUAACGAGUGGCGCACCCUUAAACUGUCCAAACUUACAGACCAAGAAUUUGGUUUUUCUUUGCAAAAGUAUACGUUUCAAAAAUGUGAUGGUACCAUUGAAAAUCGUUUAUUUGUUGACAAUGUAAAAGAUGAAGGGUCCGCUUAUAUAGGCGGAUUAAGAGAGGGCGAUGUAAUUUUAAAAGUAAAUAACGAAAAAGUUGAAGAUAUCGAUUAUAACAAAAUAUUAGAGUUUAUUCAAGGUGACGAAGUUCAGCUUGAUCUUGUAGUAAAGUACAUGGAUGCUGUCAAUCACAGAGAUCUAACGGAGCGUUUAAAAGAAAAAGAAGCGGCGCUUGCUGCUAGGAAAUUACUUUUAGAAAAAUUGGAAAAAGAAAUCGAGGAAUUAUAUUCAUUAAAUUUAAACGAAUGCGAUAGUGAUAAAGAAGAUAUAAACAGGUCAUCAAUUUACUCUAAUGCCUCUGACAACGGCUCGAUCACUUCUGAUUUAUCAGACGACACUCAAAUAAAAAUAAGAGAAACUGAAAUCUUUCCAUCGUGUGAUUCACUAGAACAAAUUGAAUUUUUAGAUAUAAAUGAAUUAACUACUGAAACAGACUUACUGGAUUCCUAUUCUGAAAAGAUUAAAAAUGGCCCGACUGUUCGAAGGGCAGAAAGUAUGCCUGUACAAAAAAACAAAUCAAACUUAAACUUUAAAUUUAAAACAACUAACGAAGAAUAUAGAAUCAGCGAUAUAAUUGAAGAGCAUAACUGCGUUAAUCAAAAUGUUAAUUGCGAGGAAACUCGAAACGAUAAUAGUAAUUCUAUCCAUAUAUCGAACAGAACUAAAUCAUAUAAGAAAGCUAUAAAAUACAAAACCAAAAUUUAAACCGAUACUCAACAGUUCUGUUGCUUUUUAUAUCUUUAAUUUGAUUUUAAAGUUUUUUAAAAACUAAAUGUAAUUUAUUCUUAAGAUUCAUAUAUUAUAAUAAUAGUUGUGAGUUUUAAGA